GGCUCGUAGGCUAAUUGCAUUUCAAUUUCCAUGAUGGAUGUAAAGUGCGCAAUGGUUCCAAAUGACGUUCAUGAGAAUCACAUUAAUAUGAGAGCGUUUCCACCAUGGUAUUUGGGAUGUGUGCGGGGCUAAUUGGAAAUUUCAUUGGAAGUAUUAGUAGGAAAAGACGCUUCCUGUAUCUGCAUCUCGCACAGAUAAAUGGAGUAACCGAAAGGAGGGGGGCGCAGAGAACUUCACACGGCGUGCAAGUGAUGGUCAGUCGACUCAACAAGACUUUUCGCUUCAGGAGUGCGAAUAAUGCGUCUUAUUAUUGUCGCAGACACGGCGGAGUAACCCACAAGGGACAGGGUCACCGCGUCUGCGAGACAGAAUAAAAAAAGUGAGCUGAUCUGUAUACUCUACCGAGGACGCACUCCGGACCGGAUCAGUGGGCUGCUUGUCCACUCUCCUUAAAGUCGUCCUGGAGGGGACGAAUGCUCCUAUACGAAACGUAAUCACACUGUUUCUGAGAAGGCUAUAUAUCUGCCCAAAGGUCCACAUGACAACUUCUCCCCCCAGAGUAGAUUGGAGAAGGAGUCCACUUGUUUCCCCCCCUCUCUCUCUCUCCAUGGAAGUUAUGAGCGGACUACGUAAGCGCGUCAUUGUGGGACUGGUGCUACUGAUGUGCACGCUGACGGGUCACUGCAGCGAGAGCGCGCCCUCGUCGGCCUCAUCGUCAGCUGCUGCAGCCUGGAGGGACGCGCGGCGGGACUUGAGGCGCAUGCUCGAGAUCGUGAGCCACGUGGAGCAGAGCCGGGCUCGCCACAGCGCGAGCACGAAAGCCCCGUCCACAUCACGGACGAGGACCUCUACCGUGGAACCAAAGGAUUUACGCAACUUGAAAACAGACAGAGGCGACCAGGUUGUCGUUGUGUUCCCCCGAGAUCUCAGAAAGAAGGAGAAAUUCCUAAAACAUAUAACUGGUCCUCUUUACUUCAGUCGCAAGUGCAGGAAGCAUGUGUACAGACUCUACCACCACACCAGAGACUGCACAAUACCUGCAUACUUCAAAAGAUGUGCUCGGCUUCUCACAAGACUAGCUGGCAGCCCGCAGUGCACAGAGGGGUAGCACACGCAAGGUUGAACGCAAACAAGUCCUCCACAAAAAAGAAAACUUGUGAAAAAAGUGCCUUGGACAGUGAGAGGGACGCCUAAAAUACUCUGACCAGUCCGAACUGACAUUAGGCACAGCAUUGGCCAUCAGUGAGGUCCGCGAAGGCGUGGAUUAAUGCCUCCCACCCCUCUGGCUGCACCUUGACGGAUGUCUGUCACCGCGAGGGAGGCAAUCAGCCCACAAAACCAGACCAAGAUGAAGAUGGCGAAGCUGAAGAGUGGAGAAAGAAAGAAACAAGUGGCCAAGAGAAACAAGCGCAGGGCUUACUUUCCUGCUGGUGUCCAAAAAGAUGCUGAGAAAACAAAACACAAAAGGGAUUGCAUAUCUUUUCAUUUUGCUGAUUUCUUUAAGCAGAGAGCAAAUUCCAAACGUACAAUAUAUUUGACAUGAUUUUACUGAGCUAGGUUUGGUCUCUGUGAGUGUUGUGUGUCGAGGCCCAGCCCAUCUCCUGCUGCACUCCCCACUCUGCAGACGCUGGCAUCAGUCACGGCAUCGUUUCAUCCACUUGUGCUCACGCUGAGAAAUAACUGAUUAAAUUAUUAAUUGCAUUGACAUUUCUCUGGCUCUUUGCAAGACAUGUUAGAAAAAGACGCGGCGGUUGUAAGUCGCAGCCCUCCUGUGGAUUGAAAAACUAUAUUUUUCUAUAUUUGAGUAGUCAUAAGGUUUCCCUGUCCAGACUGUAGGCUAAAUGAAACAAGAGAAAUGUGUACAUACUGUAAAGCAUAAGAGGAAUCCACCUAUCUACUAUAAAUUAAAGUGACUGAAUUCAUCAAAUGGCUGUUAAAUACACAUAUAAAUUAUAAGAUUGGUACAAAUAUAA